UGUGGUGCAGGCGCGCGCUAGCGCGGUGGAGUUCAGUCAGUUGGUUGAAACCUCAACAUGGCUUCUGGCAACGACAGGGGAGCGGAAUCACUGAAGCGUGAAAUCCUUCAGAGAUUGCAUGACCGACUGCUACACAUCUUGGAGAGGCAGCCUCUCGACAUGGAAGGGUUACAUUUUGUUUGCCAUCAGAAUUUAGUUUUAUUAAGUGCUCUGGAUGACGCAGUGAAUGUAGGAGAAGAACUACUGUCUGCACUUACAAAUUUAAGUACUGUUAUCCAACAGGAGAUGGAGAAUGAGCAGACAUUUAUAACACUGGAUUUGCAGAAGGGCUUUCGUGGGCGUCCACGAUUGACGACGUCAGUAGAGACCCUCACACAUCUUCUAGAACUUGGGCUGCCAUCAAAAUGCAUCGCUAGACUCCUUGGUGUGUCGAGAGCUACGCUUUUUAGGCAGGUGGCUGAAAAUAAUCUAUUUAUAUCUGCCUCAUACAGUGGCUGCAGUGAUGAUGAAUUGGACUCAUUGAUCACAGGAAUUAAGAGCACAAUGCCAGAUACUGGGUGCAGAGUAGUCAAAGGUGCUCUACUUGCACAGGGACACAGAGUGCAAUGGGACAGAGUGUAUGCAUCCAUGCAUCGCGUGGACAGUGUAGGUGUGCUUUCCAGGAUGACUCGUCUGAGAUGUGUGGUGAGGAGGACGUACACGGUUCCUUACCCGAAGUACAUGGUGCACAUUGACACCAAUCACAAGCUCAUCAGGUACAACUUUGUUAUCUUUGGGGGAAUAGAUGGCUAUAUUACAAAGGUAAGAUUUUUACCUGUCAAGGACAAAGAACUGCAAAAUGUUACUGACUGACCCCAUUUUAAGCAUGGAAGAUGUUUUCUUCUCAUACAUUUCAGUUUAUUUUCUGUACAAACAGGUGGUGUUCCUUAGAAACAAAUAUAUUUGACUUCUAUGGUUUUCUGUCAUCCAGCAGUGUAGCCUACCCCUAGGGUCAUUCCAUACCAACUCACCUGGAACCUCCUAAUUCAUGUCAUAGAUUUUCACAGUAAUUUGAAAAAGUCAGAAUCAGUCU